AUGAUGCUCACCAAGCACCUGGCUUCUUUUAUUGUGCUUCAAUCCUUCAUGCUUAGUGCUUCUGCCGCUCCAAGCCAUGAUCUCCCAAUUCUCAACCGCCGAGAUGAUGCCAACGCUACAAGCAGUAACGACAACAGCACAACUCUCGAGCCCAUCAUUCCCCCAGAGGUGGACCCAAAGGACUUCUCAGUCUUCACCCUUGAUAAGCAGGUCACUUUGGCCUGGGCCGGUACACCAGACUCAGAGCCUGGGAUGAAACGAAUGCGAAAGCGCGAUAACGCCAUAUUCUCGCAGGCCAACUUUACCUUUCGAUACCCCGUCAUCCCUCUCGAUCAUUCUGUCUUUGUCUCGAGCGUAUCUUGCACCAAGGGUGCAUUGAGUGGCGCGAUAACGAACUCUGCUGCAUAUAAUUAUGCCAAGGCGCAGUGGAAAGGCACAGGAAAGAUUAUCUUCAUCACCUCUGUGGAUGGUUGCGGCGAGGAUCAUGCCAAUGACCUGUUUCUCUCUCAAUCCAUCACAUUUAAUGACACCACAAAGGCGUUCACUGCCAAGGGCUCCACAACUGAAUAUGCUGAUGUAUAUGAGCGCUUCAAGCUCGACUUUGGCAAGAUCGGCACACUAAAUGUCAGGCGGGCCAUCGAUAAGAGAGCUAUGUUUGAGCCACACAUGCUUGAAAAGCGCCUGAGCAAGACUUGGUCAUAUGAAUGGUCUCAAUAUCUCAACAACGAAGACAUCCUUGGUACAGAUGAAGACGCGCCAUGGGAAAAUGCUGCAAAGCUCAUUGAAUGGGGCUCAGAAGGCGGAGAAGAGGAUGAUUCAUAUUCCAAGGGCGAGGUCGCUGACCCAAACGGCCAUCAUAAACGCUGGGACAACGCUACACUGGCAGAGCGUGACUUGUCCUACGGUCUGAUCCUCUAUUGCGUCGAGUGUGGAUUUGGCGGCAAGGCUUCACUUACUGGAACCAUUGAAGCCAGUAUCUUCAGCGGCAUGGAGACAGCUCAGAUCCAGUUCAACGCUCAGUUCAAAGCUGGGCUCAAUCUUGGGCUCAAAGCUUUCGUCACGUAUGAGAAGGAAUGGACAUAUCCUGUCGCUGAGUUCUCUCCCUGGAACUUUGGCAUUCCACUCCUAUGCACUGUUGGGCCUUACAUCGGCCUCGAUGUUCAAGCUGGAAUGACUAUAGAAGCAACUGGCACCCUACUUAUUGGAGCCUCGGUUGAGUGGGAAAACAUAGAUAUCUUGAUUGAUCUACUAGACUCCAGCAAUAGCCACUCCAAUGGCCUCACGCCGGUGUUUACGCACAGAACUGAAGCUACUGGUGAGCUCAAGAUGGAGGCAUCUCUAGGCCUCCCUGCUAGCGUUGGUGUCAAGCUCAAUGUCUUAUCAGGACUAUGGGAAGCAAAAGGCGGAGUAGUCGAUACACCAUCAGUUGUUUUGGAAGGGAGCUUUGAAGUCAGUGCGACAGUCACUGAUGACGGCGAGAUUGUCACGGAUGUUGAUGGCGAUUGCUAUGGUAUCGCCUGGAACAUCCAUUUCGAGAACACUCUUGAGGCCUUUAUCACACUUGGUAGCGACACAAACAAGUUUCCUCUUAUUGAUCCCCUGGAGAGUGAUCCCAUUGCUGAGGGUUGCAUUGGCUACGUCAAUGAUGGAACUGGUGAUGAUGGAUCUGAUGAUGAGGGGGGCAUGUCUGGAACCGGAAUGGACUGCGGUGGUAGCGGUCUAUUCGCUGAUUGUGUUGGGUCACAGCCAGCGCCUAUCUUUGAUCCAACAUCCAAGAAGAAGACUGGCAAGAAGGCCGACACCAAGUCCACUAAACAGAAAGGCACCACUCAGAAUAAGUCCAGCAGCAGUGAUAAGAAGGCUACCUCCAACAAGAAGCCCAAGACAUCGACUACUAGCAAGAAACCUAUCAGCACCAAGACUAAGAAACCGACCAAGACCUCAAGUGUCAUAACAGCGACUACCAAAAACACCAAGGCUACCCAAGCUGCAAACAAAAAGGCAAGCCCGGCUCAAGCAUCCACGACUUCCAAGAAGGCAGCACCAGCAUGUACUCCCUCGGCUGUCGCCAGCACCAAGGCCCCUCCACGUUCAGUCUGCAAGAGGAACGUGGCAAAGGCUCGUGUCCCCUCCAAAUCCAUCAUCGGCACGGCCUCUUCUGUGAAGAACGUGAGUACUUGCGCCGAGACCUGCUUGAAGAGUACACAGUGUAUGAGUUUUGGAUAUGGUGAGGAUAAGACGUGUCAACUAUAUGGGAAGAACCUCAAAGGUCUUGGUGUCACAUCGGGUAAAGGGAAGCAGGCUUCGCUAUUUUAUGACAGGAAGUGCUACGCAUUUAGCGAAUGUCCCAAGUAG